UGAAACCACAGAAGGAAGUUUGAAGAACUACUAAGAGCCAUGGGGGAAACUUACAGAUUAUGUGGCAAUGAGAGAUCCUGCAAGCAAAAGAUCUAGAGGAUUUGGUUUUGUAACUUUUUCAUCCAUGGCUGAGGUUGAUGCUGCCAUGGCUGCAAGACCUCAUUCAGUUGAUGGGAGAGUGGUUGAUCCCAAAUGUGCUGUUGCAAGAGAGGAAUCUGGAAAGCCUGGGGCUCAGGUACCUGUGAAGAAGCUGUUCGUUGGUGGUGUUAGAGAAGACACUGAGGAGCAUCAUCUUAGAGAUUCCUUUGAUGAAUAUGGAAUAAUUGAUACCAUUGCGACACUUACUGAUAGGCAGCCCGGAAAGAAAAGAGGCCGUGGAGUGGUUACUUUUGAUGACCAUGAUCCUGUGGAUAAGAUUGUGUUGCAGAAAUACCAUACCAUCAAUGGUCAUAAUGCAGAAGUAAAAAAGGAUUUGUCUAGACAAGAAAUGCAGGAAGUUCGAAGUUCUAGAAGUGGAAGGAGGCAACUUUGGUUUUGGAGACUCUCACGGUGGUGGUGGAAAUUUUGAAGCAGGACCGAGAAGUAACUUUAGAGGAGGAUAUGGUGGCUAUGGAAGUGGUUGUGGAUUUGGGGAUGGCUGCAGUGGGUGUGGAGGAGGACCUGGAGGAAAUUAUAAUGGAAGUGGACAUUAUAAUGGUUUUGGAAAUUAUAACCAGCAACCUUCUAACUAUGGUCCAAUGGAGAGAGGAAAUUUUGGUGGUAGCAGGAACAUGGGGGGACCAUAUGGUAGAGGAGACUGUAGUCCUGGAGGAGGUGGAGGAAGUGGGGGUUAU